AUGACUAACCCUUGCCAAGCCUUCAGCAGUGGCUCCCUCUCCUCCUGGGAGGUGUCAGGGAAGAUGAGCAGGGGAAAGGCAGCGUCUCCGGAUCGCCGGGGCUGCCGCAGUCCCAGCGGGGUUGGCAGCAAAGGCUGCAGCCCCCCCGGCUUCCAUGGGGAGCCUGGAUCCCAGUGCUCCUCUUACCCCUCCUGCUCCAUCGACAGGAGGCUCUUGGCCCCCGUGCACCUGGAUCUCAACCCUGAAUUCCAGGCCAUCCGGCAGCAGGAGAAGGAGGACAUCAAGCUGCUCAACAACCAGUUUGUGACUCUGAUUGAGAAGGUCCAGUGCUUGGAGCAACAGAACAAGGUCCUGACAACAAGGUGGAACUUCCUGAAGGAUCAAGACAAUUCCCAUUCCGAGUCAGACAUCAAGGAUAUCUAUGAUCAGUACAUGAGCAAAAUGAGCCAAGAGAUGAAGGAGCUCAGCUACGAGCAGGAAAAUCUCGAGUCAGAGCUGACAAAGGUCCUGAGCACCAUGGAUAACUUCAGAAGCAAGUACGAGGAUGAAAUCCGUCUGUGUAGUGGCAUGGAAUACACCUUCAUGGAGCUCAAAAAGGAUUUAGACGUGAGCUCCUUGCACAGAACUGAGCUUGAGGUGAAACUCAACGGGCUCCAAGAGCUGAUGGAUUUGAAAAAAACCAUCUACGAGCAGGAACUCGAGGAGCUGCUGACAGAAAUCAAGGACAUUUCUGUUGUCCUGGGAAUUGAUAGUGCUUGCAAACUGGAUAUGAGCAGAAUUGUGGAGGAAGUGAGGGCCCAGUAUGAAGCCCUGGCUCUUCGGAGCUGGGAGGAGGCUGAAGCUCUUACCAGAAGAAAGCUGAAUGAAGGCAGCACCCAGUCAGGUACCUAUGGGGGUACCUUCUCGACAAGCCCCCGGGAGAUCGCGGACUCUGAACAUCGGAUCCAGAAGCUGAGGUCCUGUAUCGUGUCCCAAAAGAGCCAGUGCCUGUAUCUAGAGGAGCACAUCAAAGAAGCAGGGGAGCACGGAGAGAUGGCCCUCAAGGAUGCCAAAGCCAAACUCUCCAACCUGGAAGAAGCCCUACAAAAGACCAAGGAAGAUAUGGCUCACCUGGUGAAAGAGUACCAGGAGCUGAUGAACAUCAAGCUGGCACUGGAUGUGGAGAUCCUCACUUACAGGAAGCUGAUGGAAGGGGAGGAGAGCAGCAUGGAGCAACCAAUCCCCACAGUCAUCAGCACCAUCCACUCCAAGCCAAGGCACCUUUCUGCCAGCACCUUGAAGAACUCCAAGCUUGCACAAGGAACCUGCAGCCCCCAUGGGGAGAUGAAGCCAAAUGGAGGCAGCUCCAGGAGCCACAACUCAGUGAUGCCCCAAGCAGACGGCUUUGCCAGCAGUGCCCAGCCAAAGCUCAACUCCCUGCCCACUGCAAAACUGCUCCUAGGAGGAAUGGAGCCCCCACAGCAUAAGCACAAAGACCUCGUGGCAUCUGUAGCCACACGAGGCCAAAGCACUUUCUCUGGAACUCAAGCCAGCGUCCCAGGGACGAAGGGCCAAUCCGGGGAGGAAUGUGAAACACCUAGGCUUUGCCAGGCCCAUCUCCCCUCCCUAAACCUCCCUACACCCUGCCGACACCCUCCUUACACCUCCUACACCUGCUUCCUCCACCAGGUGCUGGAGCUUUACCUGUAG